CGAAUGCCAGCGGUGGCACCACCAUGCCGCACCACAACAUCGUCUGCGAGUGGCUGCGCACCAUUGGGUUGGGCCACUACGGGGAGAGCUUCCUGGACAACGGCUACGACGAGCUGGAGAUCUGCAAGCAGAUUGGCGAGAUCGAUCUGGAUGCCAUCGGGGUGGACAAUCCCUCGCACCGGGGCAAGCUGCUCAAGAGUGUGCGGAUGCUGCGCGAGAAGGGCGCCGCCAUUGUCUAUGUGCUCAUCAAUGAUCCCAAGGCGCUGAGCAGCAGCAACGAGAUCCUGGCCUCCGACUGUGAUACGCCGGUGACCAUGAAGGAGCUGGAGGCGGUAAUGAAACGACACCUAGAGGCCGAUGGAAUAAGGCUAACAGCGCAUCCGUACUCCACGCCGGAGGGCAAGAGGGGCUACCUGGAGGGCCUGGCCGCCCACUACAGCAAGCAGAUCAACAUGCCCUACGAGGACGUGCUGGACGCCAUCGAGCAGGUGCGCCUGUCCAAGUGGAAGGAGCGCCACGUGCGCAUCUCCACGGGCCACACGCUCACCCGCCGGAUGGCCGGACCAAGUUCUAGCGGAUUGGUCGGCUCCUCGGUGAUGCCGACCAGCCACAGCCAGCCGUUGUAUGUGCCCGGCAAGUACUUGCCUUCCAGCUGCCUGUCGAACCGCGAGGAGAACGAGAUCUACAGCUACACGCAGAACGAUUUGGCCAAUAGGAUGGCCCGCAAUGCCAUCGACUCGAAGUCGGCUCUGAAUCUGAACGGGAUGCAGCACAGCUAUCCGGGAGCGCGCACCAAUUUCUUUUACGACUUCUCGGCAACAGAGGGCCGGAACAAGCACAAGCAGCGGAGAACGGUCUUUGCCAGGUUCCUGCACGGUCUCCGGCAGAGCGGUGAUGAGCUGAACGCCACGGAGGGAAUGCAGCUGAAGACCAACGAACGCCUGAGGAACUGCAGCACGAUGAAGCGACCGGAGCCCCACCAGGACUUCGAGAAGACCAUACAGAGACUCAAGACACAGAAGGCGGCCCAGAAGAAGCCGGCCAGCGCUCCCCUGGAGAUGGCUCUGCACGAGCGGAACAAGAGCGAGGUGGCCCACACGCACGUCAACGAAAUUCCGCUGAACAACUAUACGAAGCAUCCCUAG